AUUUUUAUGCUUUUAAACUCGUUUUAUAAUUGCAUCCAUAUGUCUGGAGACUGUCCAUGGAAAAUUUUGUUUUUUUGCAGUGUGCAUCCGUGAAUGCAUCACAUGACCCGUUAAUCUUCAGUGUAUUUCCGCGUUCACGACGGCCGAGCUGUUAUCAAUGACUCUCCAUGGGGGUGUGCAGGGUUUUACUUAAAGCAUCAUUGCUGUUUUCAUCGCCCUGGCCUCCGGUUGAUGCUGAGGUCUCCGCUCUGAAUGAAUGAAACCGUGAUCAUCUGAGGGUUUCCUCCUCCUCCUCCUCCGCCUCUUAUUCUCCAUCGAGCCUGUCGUCAACCAGCGCGAGCGAGCUGGGGGGGAAUUCGGGGAAAGGGAGCCGUGGCGCCACGCACCGGCCGACGGACACCCCGCCGCGACGCGCCAACAACAUGCUCACCCGGGUCAAGUCCGCCGUGGCCGGAUUCAUGGGUGGAAUAAUGGCCGGGGGCAGCUCCAGCGGUGGGGGCAACCCUGGUUCCGAGUUGCCGCUGAAAUUCCCAUAUAUGAGACCUGAGUUCCUCGGCCUGUCCCCGGAUGAGAUCGAGUGCUCCGCGGACCACAUAGCCCGGCCCAUCCUCAUCCUGAAGGAAACCAGGAGAUUACCGUGGGCCACAGGAUACGCUGAGGUGAUUAACGCUGGUAAGAGUGCGUUGAAUGAGGACCAGGCAUGCUGCGAGGUGGUAGUGGCCAGAAGAAGGCCGAUGAGCUACUGCCCUCCCUCCACGCCCAGCAAGACCCCCACCGCCAAGAGACGCAACUCCCUGCCCAACGGAGAGGGACUCGGGCUCCGCGUGGAGCAAAGCAAGCCGGGAGAGGACAGUGAAGGACUGGUAUUCCACUACUGGGCCUUGUUUGAUGGUCACGCUGGUUCAGGUGCGGCGGUUGUCGCCUCCCGCCUGCUGCAGCACCACAUUGCCUGCCAGCUCCAGGCCGUGAUUGAGAUCUUGCGCAACCUGGCCUACCCACCUCCCACUGUGCUGGGGGAAGAGCCUGACAACAACCCCUACCUCCAGGGAAGCAUCCCAGGCCCUCACCGCGCCCUGACCCGGGCUGCUUCGCUGCGCGGGGCCGCAGGCGCUCCUGGUUCCCCAUGCAGCACGCCGCCGCCGCCGCCUCGCUUCUUCACAGAGAAGAAGAUCCAGCACGAGAGCCUCGUGAUAGGAGCCAUAGAGAACGCCUUCAAAGAGAUGGACGCCCAGAUCGAGAGGGAGAAGCAAGUGUAUAACAUCACAGGAGGAUGCACGGCUCUCACCGUGGUUUACCUGCUAGGAAAACUAUACGUUGGGAAUGCAGGUGACAGUAGGGCUAUCAUUAUCAGAAACAAUGAGAUCGUUCCCAUGUCAACAGAGUUCACGCCAGAAUCAGAGCGACAGCGACUCCAGUUCCUGGGUUUCAUGCAGCCUCACCUGUUAGGAAAUGAGUUCACGCACCUGGAAUUUCCCCGGAGAGUUCAGAGGAAGGAGGUGGGCAAGAGGAUGCUCUACCGAGACUUCACCAUGAACGGGUGGGCGUACAAGACCAUUGAAGAUGAAGAUCUCAAGUUCCCACUAAUAUACGGUGAAGGGAAAAAGGCUCGGGUGUUGGCCACCAUCGGUGUGACGCGCGGCCUCGGUGACCAUGAUCUCAAAGUUCACGACUCCAACAUCUACAUCAAGCCGUUCCUUUCCUGUUGCCCUGAGGUGAAGGUGUAUAACCUGACGCAGUACGAUCACGGCGCUGAUGAUGUUCUGGUGAUGGGAACGGACGGACUCUGGGACGUCCUCUCCAACCAAGAAGUGGCUGAGGUAGUCACUACUUUUCUAGCCAACUGCGACCCUGAUGACCUGCACAGGUACACUAUGGCAGCACAGGACCUGGUCAUGCGAGCCCGUGGCGUGCUGAGGGACCGAGGCUGGAGGAUCACCAACGAGCGCCUGGGCUCUGGAGACGACAUCUCAGUCUUCAUCAUACCGCUGAUGUACGGCAACCGUCAGCCUUGAAGAGCCUGACAGAGAUGCUGCCGUUCAAGGACCCUGAAGGGCCUGAAGGUCUCAAACCAACAGGACUGGUUAGUCCUGAACUCAGAAUCCCUUUUCGGUUUCCACAUUGCCGUUUGCACUUUUAUUUUCUUCUUUAGACCAAGGUCAAGUGGAACAUAUAAAUUUGUUGAUGGUUCUUUUCUCUAUAGGAGUUCAGGAUUGGUCAGCCACCAGUUUGGCUGGACAGGGGAACUACAGGACAGUAAUUUGCGUCUUAAAUCAAAAUAAAUGAUUUGGCCUGUUAAAUCAAGGAAAAUAAGUAUUGAACGCGUCAACAUUUUUCUCAGUAAAUACAUUUCUAAUGGGGCUAUUGACAUGAAAUUGACACCAGAUGUUGGUAACAACCCAAGUAAUCCACACAUACAAAGAAAUCAAAACAUACAUGUAUAUAUCCAUAAAUUAAGUUAUGUGUAAUAAAGUGGAAUGACAGGGAAAGGUAUUGAACACGCUUACUGAAAUUUAUUUAAUACUUAGUAGAAAAGCCUUUGUUGGUAAUGACAGCUUCAAGACGCCUCCUGUAUGGAGAAACUAGUCGCAUACAUUGCUCAGGUGUGAUUUUGGCCCAUUCUUCCACACAAACUGUCUUCAAAUCUUCUGGGGGCCUCUUCUAUGAACUUUGAUAUUCAGUUCUUUCCAUAGAUUUUCAAUUGGAUUCAAGUCGGGUGAUUCUAGAAGCUUUAUUUUCUUUCUCUGAAACCAAUUGAGAGUUUCCUUGGCUGUGUGUUUGGGAUCAUUGUCUUGCUGAAAUGUCCACCCUCGUUUCAUCUUUAGCAUCCUGGUAGAUGGCAGCAGAUUCUUAUCAAGAAUGUCUCGGUACGUUUCUCCAUUCAUUCUUCCUUCAAUUAUAUGAAGUCUGAUUAUUCUUUUGACUCGUCAGUCGGAAAUCUUGCGAGGAGCAACUGGUCGUGGCCGGUUUAUGGUGAAAUUAUGUUCUUUCCACUUCUGGAUAAUGGCCCAACGGUGCUCACUGGAACAUUCAGAAGUUUAGAAAAAUAUGUCUGUAACCAAUGCCAUCAGUAUGUUUUGCAACAAUAAGGUUGCAAAGGUCUUGCGCGAGCUCUUUGCUUUUACCCAUCAUGAGAUGCCCGUUGUGUGACACCUUGGUAAUGAGAAACCCUUAUUAUAGGCCAUCAAUUAGGACUAAAUCAGCUGAUAUUAAUUUGCACUGAUAGGGGGCAGGAUUGCUUUCUAAAUACUGAGAGAUUUCAGCUGGUUUCUUGGCUUUCCAUGCCUUUUUGCACCCAUUUUUCUUCAUGUGUUCAAUACUUUUUCCCUGUGUCAUUUCACUUUAUUACACAUAACUGAAUUUAUGGAUAUGCUGUAUAUGUUUUUUUAUUUCUUUGUAUGUGUGGAUUACUUGGGUUGUUACCGACAUCUGGUGACAAUUUCAUGUCAAUAGCCCCAUCAGAAAUAUAUUUACAGAGAAAAAUGUUGACGCGUUCAAUACUUAUUUUCCCCGCUGUAUGAGUGACAUCAGCUCCAUAGGAUGGGUGAAGUGACUGUUCCUGAACUUCUGAAGAGAUGUGAAAGUUAAAUUAGAGGAAUGCUCUUCCAAAGUGAAAAAUAGACCUCUUUCUUUCUUUCUUUCUUUCCUUUCUUCUCCUUACCUCUCUUGUAUUGCUGUACAAUACCUGGCUCCUCCUUUUUCUAUCCUCUCUUUUAGUCCCCUCUUCUUCCCUCGUAUUGUACAGUCAAACUUGUUUAUUAAAAAAGAUACCUCCUUCAUUUCCUGACCAUUGACGGAGCUGACAGGUCAGCUACGUUUUCCGUUUCGCCACAGUGUGGCUUUGAAGGAUUAUUUUGCUGAAAAUCUGCUUCCAGUUUGCUGGACAGAUUACAGAUGCACAAGGAAAAAGAUGAAGACUUGAAGUUAUUCACCUCAUAGUAGCAAGACUGAUAAGGAAUCUGUUUUACUGUUAGGAUAGAACACCUCAUAAGGGGAUCUGAGCCUGUAUGGAUCAGCAGAAGGGGCAGAGUUUGAUAUGGUUUAUGAACAAAGUUUCAUAUGAAAAUUGCUUAGUCAUUUAACAUGUGCACAAAAAGAAAAUGUUCACUGUUACAAGUCAUCUAAUCUGAUAUUGAGUCCAAAAAUGUGGAAAAGUUUUCUCAAGGUCUCCCGAGCUCACUUGAGUUAUUAGAAGAUUUUUGGGAAAAGCACUUAUUCACUUUUUCUUUGUCAAGAGUUAGAUGAGAAGAUUGAUGCCACUCUCGUAUCUGUUGGUUAUAGGAGCCUAGAGGCUAGCCAACUGUUAGCUAACUGUAGCUUAGCAGACUGAAAAUGCAGACUGGCGGGAAAUGGUUAGCUGUAUAAAGCAUUGAAAAAAGGCUCUUUAAAACCUCUAAAUUAACACAAUGUAUCUGCACUUGAGUUUCUCCAGAUUUAUUAUAGUUAGUUAGAUUUAGAGCUGUUGGUACUAAGCAUACUUCCUACCUUUUAACAGAGCUAGGUUAGCUACUUCCCCUGCUUCCAGUCUUUAUGCUAACCUAAGCUAACUGUCUGUGUGCUUUAGCUCCGUAUUUAGUGCAAAGAUAGGAGAGUAUUAUCAAGCUGUGCAUCUAACUCUAAAUUGAACAGUGGGAAACUUGAAAUUUGUGGAAUUUCAUUGUCAAAUUAUAGAAGGAUGAAAAUCAAAAGCUACCCAAAAUGCUUAGAUGCCAUAUUGAGUGGUAUUCCAAAUUAAUCAAGGAAAGAUAACUAUAGAAAUAACAAAAAAAUAGCUCAGUACAAUUAAAAACCCAGGAGCUACAGGCUGUCGCUCUCAUGGCGCCAUCUUUUAAUAUUAGAUGCAACAUUAUCACGAAUAACUUUUCAAACUUAGCGAGAUUCUCUAAAAAUGUGAAGAAUAAUUUCUUAUGACUAAACAUUAGAUUCAAUGACUUGUGCAUCAGUGUAGUCGCACUUUAGGUUGACCCACAUUACUCACCAAGGGGCCAUGAUACAUGUAAUGAUGAAGAGGCUAAUAUUCCCUGCAGCAGGGAGGAUUGAAUAAAAUUAAUAAAAAAUCAUGAAAUACAAUCAAAGUGAAUCAGAAAAAAGUUCCACAGACAAAAAAACUGAAAGCUUCCUUUUGCUUUGACAUGUUUUGCAUGUUUCGUAAGCUUUAGAUGCUUGAUGCAGAUCACGUUUGUCUUGAGAGGGACAGGUUUGCGUGCAAUGAUAUGUACUGUGUUUGGAUGUAGUGAUUUACUGUGUGUCAGUGCAUGCAGUGACAUAUUGUAGGCCUGGGAAUAUGAGCGAUGGUGCAAUGGUUUACACUGCUGUUUGUUUUAUAUGGAGUGACUUUACUUUACUGUAAUGUAUCAAAGAGAUAGUGAUGAUGUUAUUGUUUGUAAAUGUGCAGUAACUAUGCAUAUUUAUUUAUUAGGUUGUGUUUCCUUUCCAAUUGUUAGCAUCCCAGAUAUUUAGCAUAAGAGCUAAAAGAUUGGGUUCAUUGUAAAGGAAGGGAAUGAAAUGAAACAAAAAUCCUAAAGGCCAGACACAAAACCAAUCAUUUUUUCUUUUGCACUUUUUUCAUCUUGACUGGACUUAAGAAAGAAAAUGGACCGUCAAGAGUUCAGUUUGUCUCGUGUUGUGGCCUCAGAAACUAAUGUGCUAUGUAAGUGUUCACCCCUUUCUUCCAUUAUUAUUCUGUAUUCAUACAGGCUGCACUGCUCAGCCAGCCACAGUGGGUUAAGAUGCAGGAGAUGAGAAGAAGUCUGGGGGAAGGAGAAACUUACACUUCAGACGAUCAAUAAGACAUUUUUGAGAAGUUUGAUUCCAAGCUGAGAAAAAAGAAAAAAGAUUGAUAGCAUAAAAUUAAAACAAUCUGCAUGCUUUAAAUUAAUGAUUUAAUCCCUUAUUUGCUUAGGUUUUAUGAUUUUUUUUCCCCCUGUAUAAUGGAUAUAUAGAGUUUUGGAGUAGCACUGCUUUGCUUUAGGCUUGAGUGUAAGGUGGGAAUAUGUGUCCUUGUUUUAUAAAACAGGGUGUUCAUGUGAUUGACUGAAUCCAAAGAAGUUCAUUUGGAAAUUGUGCAGUGCCAGGAUGAGGAAGCCAUUGUUAAAGGAGUAGUUUGACAUUUUGGGAAAUACUCUCACUUAUGAUAAGACUAAUACCACUCAAGUUUGUACAGUAUAUGAAGCUAUAGCUAGCAGCUAUUAAUUAGCUUAGCCUAGCUUAGUACUGGAGAUGGGAAUACGGCUAGCAUGGCUCUGACCAAAGUUAGCAAAAUCCUACCAGCACCUCUACAGCUCACCCAAUUAACAUAUUACAUUUCGUUUGUUUAAUCUGUACAAAAACGUGUAAAAAUGACAAUUUUACAAAUUACUUUUAGGUGGGUUUUGUUACUUUUGGACAGAGGCAGACUAGCUUUCCCCCGUUUCCUUCGUAAUGCUAAGCUAAGCUAGCCACAUGCUGGGGUUAUCUUAAUAUUAAGAAUGCAGACACAAGAGUGGUACUGGUCUUCUCAUCUAAAUCUCAGCCACAAAGUGGAUAAGUGUUUUUCCUAAAAUGUCGAACUAUUCUUUGAAGUCUCUUGAUAUGUGCCAUUGUGCUGCCUGGGGCUAUUUAUCAUCUUAGCGUGGACUUUUUUGCAGUUGACAAUUAUUAUCUACAUUCCUCUCACAAGCAGCAGUAAUUUACAUUUACCUGAAGUUCAUAUGGUGCAUUUUUCCUCCUGUACAUUCCAUGAAAGAAAUAAUUUAAUUUGAAAAUGAUGUAUCGUGAUACAUGUCAUUGUUAUGGUCUGUUGUAGCCACCGAGUUGCAUCUGUUCUUCCAUCGUAUAAGCUAUUUUACAGUUGGCAGUUUUUUUUUUUACUUGUUCUCUAUUUAAUUAUUUAUUGUUUUUUUUAGUUUUUUUAUUAUUAUUAUUUAUUUACUUUUUGAAAACUGUCCUGUCGCCACCUAAACUUUGUCUUAACACUCGACCCAGUUCAACACAGAAAAUUCAAAUGACCAGACUUCCUCUACCAUCGCCUGGAUGUGUUGAACUGUGAACACGUCAAGGCAAAGUAUGAACGGGGCACCAGAAUAUAUGUUGAAUGUUCAUCCUGCUACCUGUCAUUAAGCCUUUUCUAUUAGAUGAAUGUCAAAUAAUGAAUAUAUAAUUUAUUUUGUUCAUCCUUCUGUGCCACCCAACUGCUGCACAUCAACUCAGGUUCAACUGUCGUGUAGUUAAACUGGACACGCUGUUAAAGAGUGGUUGUCUAAGGACGGGGGGUCCUUCAUGAUGGUUUAUUAGCUCCACUACAUUUGUAAAUAAAUGGGAGUGGAUUGCUGUGUACGAGAGGCGCUUAGACUUGAAAGAUUGCUUUGUCCCUUCAGUCCGACUGUAGGUUUCCUGUUUUGAAGUUGCUAUAAUGUUAAAGUAGUCACUGCUGUUGUGUUUUUCUACCUUAGACUAUUCAUUAUGGGAGAAAUAGAAGAACUUGAAGGUUUUUUCUGUAGCAAAGAGGACGUUCGAGUCCAGUGGGGAACCGUUUUUAAGUGACCAUUGUGCUAUCCUCAACCUCUCUGUUUGUGAAUGUGAAAUGUACAUUUUGUAUAACAAAAAAAUAACUUAUGAAGUCAAAAAGAAAUAUUUUUAAUGUUUCUUUGUGUAACUUUGACCUUGAGGGGGGGAAAAAAGCAAUGUUUACCUUUAGUGUUUCUUUUCAAGAAAUGAAAAAAAGAAAAUUAAAUGUUAAAGAUCAAUGUAAAAAA